UUCUCCUAGGAUGACAAUUUGUGCUCACUGCUAGUGAGAGGGUGAGUAAGCUGCCAGAGUCCUCACUGAAGCUGCUGGCAUGUUUUUCUUGUGGGGGAGAGGACACUCAGCAAAGGAGAGGGUGAGAAUUGCCAAGAGAUGGGCAGAGAAAUCAGCCAAGUGUGAGAUUCACCACAGCUUAUCUGUCAACACCCACCAUGGCAAACCAGCCCUGGUAAGCACUGUGUUCCUCACAUCAAGCAGAAGAGCGUGCUGUGUUGUGGGCAGGACCUGGUGUUGCCAAAAAAUAAUGUAAGUGUGUGGGAGAGAGCAUCUAUUUUUUUACCUCUGAAUCAGGAAAGGGUUCAAGCUAGCUGUGUCCAAAGACAGACUCAACCCCUGUUAAGGAAGGCAAGCUACCUGCAAAGGUGUAUUUCAAGCUUCUCCACACUCUUCUUGGACAACUCCAGUAGGUGGUAACCUAUCUUGAGAGCAGAGUUGGAAAUUAGGUCUGUCCCUCUUCUCCUUGUUCCCACUUUUUCAUGCCCCCACAGUCACACUGAGCAGGCAUCCGGGUUCUGCCAUCAUUUUUAAAACAGUCUAGAGUUUUACUACUAGUCACCAGUAGUAAUACCAACAGUAACAACUAGGAUGGUGAUAGAAUAAAGCUUGAGACAUAAUAAAAGUGUGAGACACUUAAAACUCUGUGGGUCUUUCCUUUGGGGAAGAGGAGUUACAUCUACAAAAGAGGCUCAUAACCACUGUGCACCCGUUUGUAAACAGUGUGUGAUACUCACGCUCAUGAGGCAGUAGCCAGAGCACUGUGCUGUGUGUCUCUCCUAUGAUUAGCCAGACAAAGCCAUGAGCAAGAGCAGAGGAGACAGAUAGAAGAAGCAGGCAGUCCAAAGGUCAUGGCAAACCCAACAAUUCAUUUGGCAUAGCCCAGGUCUGUGGAAGGAAGGCUGUAUCCUCCCUGGGCCUUACAGAUGACCCUACCCUACAGCUAUUGGGUGAUUAACUUCCCACUGCAUGUGAUCCUGCCUAUCUCAUCCUUUCUACAAAUCUGAAGGUUGAAAACUCCACAUGUGCUUCAGCAUAGCCGUGGUUGAAGAGAGUUGCACCUCCGUCCCUCGCUCUGCAGAUGCUGAUGAGGUGAAGGUGUCUAUCUGGAUGGUGUUGAGCACAGAUGUGGCUCAUAUUUUACUACUGUCUGUCCCUGAAUCAGAGAAUGAUGUUGGGUAUAAGUGGAAUCUGCAGUUACCAUAAGGGCUCCUUCCCACCACAAACAAAGAAUAAACAUGCUGUUAAGUUCAGGUGCAUGAAUAAAUUACUGGGUCUUAGCAACUCACCUCAAGUUAAUAGACCUACAGUGACUGCCUGCAAGUCAGUCUUAACCCACAGUAAAUACAUGAGAAAAAGUCAUUGACUUCAGGUGCAGGGAAAAGCUAUUGCUCCCACAACCUUUAAUACCACAAUGAGCUUCAAAAGAUGGCAUCAUCUCUUAAGGAGACUUAGCCAAGAUGCAGUAACUUUUGACCCCUGAAUGUUCAUCAGAAUCAUGCCCCAUGGAUUUGCCCAAGGCCAGGCCUCAGAUUCAGUGCUACAGGUAUGCAGUCAGAGUAGUUACUCCAGAUAAGAGCUUAUAAACCCAGAGCAAUAGAUGGACCCUGUUCUUGGACUAGUUAGCUACUGCAUGGCUCACCACUUAUAAAGUUCAGUUAAAAGGAUAAAGCUGAAAAAGCAUUGUUCCUCAGCCAUCCAGCACAAGAAACACAAAUUUGCUCCAAUCCCAGCAAGUGUUGUAGUACAUUAUAUCCUUGUUCUCAGCUUUAAUACCUUGUUAAAAUAGUCAGGAAAGAACACAAAGAGUCGACGAAGGUUGAUGGCAAAGAGACUGUCUACUUGCCCUUACUUUCCUCAAGCAUACAGUAGAAAAAUCUUGUUUAGAUUCAUGCUCAUGCAGUAGCUGAGUAUAACCUAUAUUCUUUAGAUGUGCUGGAAAUUAAGAACAUUUCCUUCCUUUAUUUGAUUCCAUCCAUAUUUCCUGCUCCCAUGACCUCACCUUGCAACACAGGCUAGGCUCUCAGAUGCUGAUAAAAGAUGCAAUAACGUGUAUUGACUUACAUCAGCAGCUCAGAAGCUUUUACCAUAAGUUGAGCUAUGACUGCACCAGCACUGAAAGCUUCAUCCAUGAAAAAGCCCAUCCACUUCUGGUCAUGUCAUCUUUAGCUACCUAUGCUGCAGAACAAGAAUCUCCACCAGUGGGGUAGAGACAGGGAGUAGACAGCAGCAUAUGAGAAAUUACUAUGGAUCUCAAAAGUUUUCUUGUGUUCAAACCGUGUUAUUCUCCUGAUAACAUAGAGGCAGAUGUUUCCUAUCGCCAUAUAUUGGAAUGCAGAGAGUGAGGAAGAACACACUUCACCUCAAGAGAUUUUCAGGCUUUGCUCUGAAGAGCUGCUCAAAGAAUAGAAAAGCCUUCAUAAGGGCAAAAUAGCUGAGCAUUUUUAUGAGCACUAGACCAGAGAAAAGAACUGGCAGGGAAUCUGUGUGCUUACAAAAGCAUGUGUAUCCGCAUUCCUCCACUGCAAGCAGAAGUACUGGAUGGCCUCAAUAUGCACACAGUUAUCUCUGCAUAGCAAGAAACAGAGGUUAAAAGAGUCUGUGUUCUUCUAUAAAAGGAUUAUUACAUUGAGAGACUGCACACACAAGGUAGUUAAUUUUAAUUUAGGUAAGGAUGAAUGUCACCUUCUAGCAUCUUACACCCAGACAAAAGCCCCCCCAUUCUGAUUCAAUUUACUCCCAUUUCUAAUGUUGAUUAAACUCAGUUAGAUGAAGCAUUCCUCUUCCAGUCUGACAGCUAUUGCCAAGAUAUUUUUCAGAGAGGGAAGUUUAUGGAGUAAAUGACCAGCUUAGUGCUUUUGAAAUAAUUUGCUGGGCCAAAGCUUGCCUGGUAUUUUGAAGUUAUAAUGCAGAAAGGUAAAAUAUGUUGACAAAAAAGCCACUUCUGCUAGUGCUAGGUUAAAUAAUGUACAACAAUCUAUUUCUUUAGCUACCUUUUUAAUCUUGAAAAACUACAGUUGGGAAACAAAACGUAUAUUCUUUUGAGUAAGCAUUUAAAAAGCCGUUUAAUGCAUUCCUUUGCAAAUCUUAUUAAGUUUUACUCUUCCAAAUUGCAGUGAACACUUAUUUUCUUGACAGGACAGAAAACAUGCAAACACACAGUAACUAUGCCAUAUGGGCUUUAUGCAACAGCAAAGUAGACAUGGCAGUGGUUUUAUGAAGUUCUGGUGGCUCAAACACUUAAUCUUUAAGAAACAGAUCUGUUUUGGAGAGUUAGCAAGAAUAUAUUUAACUUGCUAUCAACCCAAAGGGAUAAUCCUGAAAAUGGAACAUUUGUGCCUUCAAACUGCAAAUUAAGGUCCAUAAAAUAGGAACUGUGGCACCAGGAAAUCCGUCUGAUAAUUAUGAGUCAUUUCACAUGCCCCUUAUUUUCCCAAGCAAAUGCAAAAAAUUCAGGGUUUUAAACAGAAAUACAGGAAGUCCUUAUAUGAGUUUUAAAAGGAUUCCCACUCUAUAAUGUUCAAAAAAAAGUGGGAUUUUUGGCACUGCUGCAUCCAUGCAGGCUCAGUUACUAGAAAGUAGCCUUUCACUCAGCACAGUAUUAUACGGGUUUAAAGGGAAAAUCAAACACAAGCAUUUUUGUUAAACAAAAAUGUAAUUAGGUGUCACGUAAUUUUUACUUUUUGCAUUUCUAAUACUCCCUUAUUGACCUGCAAGGCCAAGGGAGACUAAAGAGCUCAUUGCCAUUUUCUUACAGAUCUGGUAUUUGCAAGUUGAGUAGUUCACUAGCACUUAAACGGUAUUUCAGUAAUGAUGCAGCAGCUGGGGAUAUGGGAUACAUAAUGUAGCAAGAUCGAGAUUCUCUGGUUAUGUGCAUCCUAGACCCAUGCAGAACAAUGUAUACACUGAGCUUUUCAUGCUCAUGUUGCCAACAGGAGCGUUACUCAUAAUGUAGAAGUUUAAGUCUCCACUAUAAAAAACAGACUUGCCCCUGAAGAAGAUAUGCUGGGCCAUAGACGCUAAGGUUCUUAGUGCUAAAUCAAAGCAUGAUUCCGAUCUCAGUGCCGCCUAUGAAAAAUAGGGUUGAAUAGAGAUCCUUUAAUAUAAAAGAAAAUCAGCUUCUGAUCCGUUUGAAGGUAAAAAUAUUUUUGACUACGAAUGCAGGAAUCGCAGUGCACACCAGUUAAUCAGAUAGCAUUUACUUUCCAGAAAAUAAACUAUGUGAUUGAUGUUCAACCAGAGCAAUCAUAUGCUCAGAGUAGUUAAAGUCCCUAUAUUGCACUUAUAUUUUCAUCUGGACCUUUUGGGCAGUGUGCUGAAUGACUUUGAAUUUUUGCAAGGAGGAAAGAAUCACAAAAUAUGGUACUACUUGCACCUGUGUUUGUGCCUCUUCUGUUAUACUCACAGUGAAGAAACCACCAUCACCACAGACACAUAACCAAAUACUCUAUCUCUCAACGCAAAUAUAUGGUCUCUGGUGAAGGGUGGCACAUGGGAAGGCUUCUCCCAUUGAGGUGUUGGCAAAGCUCCAACACAAGACAGCUGGAUACAGCUCUUUCCAUUCUCCUUCCUCUGUAGGCACUCAGCAGUUAGCUCGCCUCACACACCUCUGAGGGUGACACAUACUGUUCCACGGUGGGGCUGCUGAAUUCCCAGCUUCUCAAAGCCUGAGCAAAAGAUGUGGCCAUGAUUGCCCACAGCAUGGAUAACAACAGCAGUCCUGUUGUUCUCCCUACCUUCCUGCUCCUGCUGCAGAGCAAGAGCUACCCGGAGACUCCCAUCCCUCCUGCUGGCUACGAGAUGACAGCAUCACCCACAGGACCCAGCUCAAGCAGGAACCACACUGUCUUGCUGUAUGACCUCCAGCGGGGGGAAAUUACAGCAGCCAGCAUGGUUUUGGGAGCAUUGUGGCUGGUGUCUCUCGUUGGAAACUCCCUUGUUUGCUUAGUGAUCCAUCGGAGUAGGAGGACACAAUCCACCACCAAUUAUUUUGUUGUCUCCAUGGCUUGUGCAGACCUGCUCACCAGUGUCACAAGUGUGCCCUUUGUGCUGCUUCAGUUCAUCUAUGGCAGGUGGACACUGGGAAAUGUGAUGUGCAAACUGGUAAGGUACAUCCAGUACCUCACCCCUGGAGUGCAGAUAUAUGUGCUCCUCUCUAUAUGUGUGGAUCGAUUCUACACUAUCAUCUACCCCCUGAGCUUUAAAGUGUCCAGGGAGAAAGCCAAGAAAAUGAUUGUGGCCUCUUGGCUCUUUGAGGCUGCAUUUGCAUCACCUGCUCUCUUUUUCUACAACUCCAACAGUGACGACCACUGCAACUUUUUUCUCCCCAGUUCUUGGGAAGGAGUUACCUAUGGUGUCAUCCGCCUCUUGGUGGUGUUUUUGACCCCAUCUACCCUCAUCGUCUUCUUCUACCAGAGGGUCAUCAAGUACAUUUGGAGAAUAGGCACCGACGGCAGGACUGUCAGGAGGACAACAAAUACUGUCCCAAGAACAAAAGUGAAAACCAUCAAAAUGUUCUUAAUGUUAAACUCGGUCUUUCUCCUCUCCUGGUUUCCUUUCUACAUGGUACAGCUGUGGCACCCACAGGAAAUCAACUACAGAAAGAGCUCCCUGGUUUUCCUGUCCAUCACCUGGAUCUCCUUCAGUUCUUCAGCUGCUAAGCCAACCAUCUACUCCGUGUAUAAUGCAAACUUCAGAAGAGGGAUGAAAGAAACAUUUUGCAUGUCUGCCAUGAAAUGUUACAGAAGCAACGCAUACACCAUCACCACCAGCUCCAGAAUAGCCAAAAAGAAUCAUGUUGGUAUUGCAGACAUCCCAGCUCCGGCCAAAACUGUCACCAAAGAUGCCAUCUAUGAUGCUUUUAACAGAGAAGAAAAGGAAAAAAAGCUUGCCUGGCCUAUUCAGUCCAAUCCCCCCAAUACAUUCGUCUAGUUGGCUACAUUGCUUUGAAAAAACCACUAUAUAUCCACAGAACAAGGAGCUUUAUAUCCUUUCUGAAUCUUGAUGUAUAUUUACAUAUUUUUAACACAGAUUUGGGGAAGAAAACAAGAUGUUUUAUUUUAUUAAAUGCCUUGAUUUUGAUGUGUCCAGUUUAUUUAAUUUCCAUUACCUUCUGCUUUCUGGGAAUACUUUCGCUGAAUCACGGGCAUCCCUUUUCUGCAAAACAGGCAAGCUCUUAGGCUUUCCCUAGGUGGGGAAAUAACGGCAGGAAUAAACACUGCUUU